CUAAUAAUGCAAGAUUGCAUCUCGUCAACGACGAUUCGUGAUAUAUUUGAGGAGUUAGUUCCACACACAGUAAUCGCUAUCGACGAAGGACAAUUCUUCCCCGACAUUGUUGAGUGUUGCGAAAAACUUGCGAAUAUGGGUAAAAUAGUGAUCGUUGCAGCACUAGAUGGUGAUUAUAAUCGAAAGGAAUUCGAUAAUCAUGUGCUGGAGCUAUGUCCGUUGGCUGAAAAGGUGUGCAAAUUGCGCGCCGUUUGUACGAAAUGUGGAGGUGAUGCACCCUUCACGAAGAGAUUAUCCGAUGAUACCGAGCAAGAGGUGAUCGGUGGUCUUGAGAAGUAUCAAGCGAUGUGUCGUCGUUGUUAUCUGGAUGAGGACAAAGAAAAUUGCUUGGCCCAACAUCCUCCACUGCAAGAGAUUCACGCUGAAACACCCUUCUGCGUUUCGGCAGUCGGUCUCAAAAGAUUCAAAUGUGAUUUACCCACUCAUAACUGCUGA